GCCAGCCAUCCCCUGCCUUCUUGAUCUUGCAAGAGCAGAGCGAUGGCAAGGCCCUCCGACCCGCUCGUCCUCGGCCGGGUGAUCGGAGAAGUCAUCGACCCAUUCAUCCCCACCGUGAGGAUGACCGUGAACUACAACUCCCACAAUCUGGUCUGCAAUGGCCAAGAGCUUUUCCCAUCUGCCGUGGUAGCGAAGCCCAGGGUGGAGGUCCAAGGAGGUGAAUUGAGAUCCUUCUUCACGCUGGUGAUGACAGACCCUGACGCGCCAGGGCCAAGCGAUCCAUUCUUGAGGGAGCACGUCCACUGGAUUGUCACUGAUAUUCCCGGCACGACCGAUGCUUCUUUCGCAGGAAAUGAGGUGGUGAGGUACGAGAGUCCUCGGCCGAGCAUCGGGAUCCACCGCUUCGUCUUCGUGCUGUUCCAGCAAAGGCGGCGGCAGUCGGUGGCGGCGACGCCGGCGCAGCGGGACCGCUUCAGCACCCGGUCGUUCGCGGAGGCGAACGACCUCGGGCUCCCGGUGGCGGUCGUCUACUUCAACGCGCAGAGGGAGACGGCGGCGCGGCGGCGGUGAAGCAUGGCAGGCCAUGCUUUUAAAAAUCGAUGCUACUUUAGAGCAAAAGCAGUAAUGAGCGAGGAAUCGAUGGAUGUUCCUGCUUGUGAACUGCUUUAGUGGUGCGAUGUGUCGAGUGUUGGUUGUGUUUGUGGUGUGGUCGGCAAGCACGGUCGUCGCACGGUCACUUUACGUGUCGACGAGGGAGGCAAAGGCUUGGACGGCCACUCGUUGGUUUAGUUGUGGAUUUGAAUAAAUUGUGGGCCGACGCUGUGAUUUGACUUGA